AUGGCGUAUGCAGUCCUCAUCGCGGCUAGAAAGUUAAGACCAUACUUCGAUGCGCAUACAAUCGAAGUGCUAACAAAUUUUCCUCUCGGAAAAGCCAUCAGCAAGCUAGAUACAUCAGGCCGGUUGCUAAAAUGGGCAAUAGAGUUGUCCGAGUUUGACUUGGAAUUCCGGCCAAGAACUGCAAUCAAAGCCCAGGCAUUGGCGGACUUCAUAGUUGAAGCGUCAUACCAAGAAGAUGAAGUACAAGCUGAAGUAUGGGAUGUGUCAGUGGAUGGUUCAGCUGCACAGACAGGCAGUGGGGCUGGAAUAAUCAUGAAAUCGCCAACAGGAGACAUUUUUGAGUAUGCUAUAAAGUUUAUGUUCAACGCGUCAAAUAACGAGGCAGAAUACGAGGCAGCAAUUGCCGGCAUCCAAAUGUGCCUCGCAGCAGAUGCCAAAAGAGUAAUACUGACAACAGACUCCCAGCUGGUAGCAAGUCAAUUCAGCGGAGAAUAUGAGGCCAAAGAACCUUCAAUGGUCAAAUACCUGGAGAAGUUGAGGUCGGUGUCGGCUCAGCUAGAGAAAUUCAGCAUUAAUCUGGUACCCCGAGCAGAAAACACACUGGCAGACGCACUAUCAAAGUUAGCAAGUUCAAAUGUCGCCGACUUGAAAAGAACAGUCAUGAUGGAAGUCAUGAAUAAGCGAAGUACGGAGUCGGAGGUAAUACGGGUCAUGGCCAUCACAACUACCUCAGAAUGGUACGAUAAUAUCCAAACAUACAUACAGACUGGAGCCCUACCAGCAGAUUUGGCAGAAGCCAAAAAGACAAGAAGGGACUCGGUUUGGUACAUCAUCCUGUGGGGACGGUUGUACAAAAAGUCAUUUAGCCUGCCAUUCUUAAGGUGCCUGACAGCAUUCGAGUCAGCAAGGCUGAUCGAAGAGAUGCACAAAGGAACAUGUGGGAACCAUGCCGGUGGAAAACCCCUUGCCAUCAUCUGUCAAAGGCAAGGCUAUUACUGGCCAACAAUGUUAGAAGAUUGUCGAGCUUAUGUAAAAAAGUGCGAGAAAUGUCAAAAGUUUUCAGCUGUGAUAAACUUGCCAGCCAAUGAUUUGAUGCCCAUUCUGAACCCAAUCCCAUUCGCACAAUGGGGAAUGGAUAUUGUUGGACCAUUCCCAAUGGCGGCUGGAGGGCGCAAGUUCUUAAUAGUAGCAGUGGACUACUUCACCAAGUGGAUAGAAGCAGAGCCGGUAGCAAAAAUAACGGCAAACCAGAGCAAUGGGCAAGUAGAGGCGGCGAAUAAGCAAAUCAUGGCUGCACUGAAAAAGAAGCUAGAAGACUGUAAAGGCAAAUGGGCAGAACUUAUGCCAGAAAUUCUGUGGUGCAACAGAACUGCUAUCAAGGAGGCUACCGUCGAGAGUCCAUUUAAAUUAAGCUUCGGGUCUGAGGCUGUCAUACCGGCAGAAAUGGCUCUGCCAACCAUGCGAAUCCAGCAUUACGAUGAGGAGAGAAACGAUCAGCUGCUGCGACAUCAGUUGGAUUUCAUGCCAGAAAUCCGCAUGAAAGCAGAAAUCAGUUCGGCAGCAUACAAAAGCAGAAUGAGCAGAGCAUACAACAAGAAAGUGAAACACCGGCCUCUAGGAAUAGGAGACCUGGUACUGCGGAGAACGGCGGCAACAGGAAAAGGAAAUGCUCAAGGAAAGCUGACAGCCAAUUGGGAAAGACCAUACCAGAUAUGGGAGGAAAUUGUUCCUGGAUCAUACCGGUUAGUGCAAAUGGAUGGUACCGCGCUCAAGAACUCCCGGAACGCCAGUACUCUUAGAAAGUACUAUGUUUGA